AUGUCCGACGGCGCUCAUAGACUCUUUGUGCUUGCUUUCCUGAUGCUGAGCCUGGCCCUCUUGGUCGUCGCUCAGGGUACACAAUUCAUCACUGGUCCUUGCACUAGCGACGCCAACUGUGCGUCCGGCUGCUGUGGCUUCAAUUCCGGCAAAUGCGCUGGUCCCAUCAUUGCCCAGGAGCGCGACGGAGGAUGCGGAUUCGGUGAUGCGCAGCCUAACGACAUCGCCGCACGCCUCUUCCGCGUUCUCUCGCUACACCUGCUGCUCCCGCUACUUCUGCCACUCCCGCCGCUACCGUUAACGCACGACCAUCUACCGCCGGCAAGGGGGCUGGAAACGGUGCUGGAACGCAAUUUAUCACUGGUCCCUGCACGAGCGAUACUGAUUGCGCUUCUAGCUGUUGCGGCUUCAACACUGGGAAAUGCGCGGGCGCCAUCGUCGCGCAAGAGCGUGACGGAGGCUGCGGAUUUGGUGAUAGGCAGCCCAAUGAUGACGCAGCUCGAAAGCUUCGCGGACUGCAGAGGAGAGGGAUGCGAUACAGGGCCUGAGGUCAGAUUCCAUGCUGAGUAG